UGCAUAUGAACUGGCAAGAGGUGGCCUUCCACUUUCCCAUUUCAAAACUUUGGUAAAGAUUCAGAAGGAGAAUGGGGUUAGAUUGCUUCAAGGGACUGACAGUAGUGAUGCAUGCAAAGAAUUUGUUUCAGAGAUAGCUGAAGCCAUCAGAGAAACGGUCGCUGUUCUUCUGUGCAACUCCACAGCGUUUAGUGUGCUAACAGAUGGGUCUCAGCCAAAGAAAACAGGGUCUGAAAAAGAGCUGGUUAUGGUUAGGUUUGAGAAAGGUGGUCUCCCCCUGCUACUAUGUGAUUGGACUGCAAGAUAUAGACGAGUAUGGCAACCCAAGUGCAGCCAAUCUGAAGAAAUCAAUUGACUCAGCAUUCAAAGACACAUUAAAGCUUGAGAAGGAACAGUACAUCAAUGUGAUGGUAGGAGCAACGAGCGAUGGUGCCUCGGUGAAUACAGGCUUGUACAACGGGCUUCUGACGCAAUUCAAGAAAGAAAGGACAUGGUUGGUAACUGUGCACUGUGUGAGCCAUCGUGUGGAGCUUGCAUUGAAGGACUCAUUAAUGAAAUCAAAGGAAUUUAAAGAUGUACAGGACUUCAUGAUUGGUAUCUACUACUCAAUGAAGAAAUCUGGUGAACUAAAACGGCAACUGAAGGACUUUGGUAAAAUCCAUGUCAGUGUAUAUACCUUCCCCAAAGUCCAUGGGACAAGAUUUGUUGGGCAUCAAAGAGCAGGGGUUGAGGCUCUAUUGAAUAAUUGGAUAAGAGUCUCCAUGCACACUAUAAGCACAAAUGCGCAAACUCUGCAGUGAAACUCUGUCAACGGCGUAAACGCCGUUUUUAUUUGCGGC